AUGGCUCUGAACAAGAACGUUCUUGUUCAUUCUUCCAAUGGAGUUGCUAUUGUCAACUAUCUUAUGGUUGACGACACAAAGAUCAGUGAUCUUACUUUGGAAGUGGAUUCUUGCAAGACCAAGGUUGCUUCAUUAAAAAAUAAUCAUGAUCAGGCCCAAUCUGAGCUCAACUCAGCUAGGAUGCCAAAAAAAAAAUGGAACAUGAUUCACAAAUUAUUAACAUUGUCAAGGAGCAAAGGGGGCUUCAGCGUGAAACGUGUGGAGAUGGAUCAAAAUGAUUGUGCUUUGAUGGUUGAAAAAGCUCAGGAAGAAUUCGAAAAACUGCAAGCUGAACAAUCUGGCCUUGAGAAAAGGGUAAAUAAGAAAGUCAUGGCCAUGUUUGAGAAAGCUGAAGAUGAGUACAAUGAUUUCAUAUCCAAUAAACAUUAUUGA